AUGUUUAUACUCGCCUUUGCGUAUUUCUCCGCACUCGCUCUCACUGGUGGGUCACUCUCCAAGUGGCUCAACCAAGUGCUUCACCCGCCUACUGCCGCCAUCAUCAAAGAGAUGGAUCUACUUCCCUCUCGGACGUCUGUGCUGCCCGCUACUGGCUGCGUGGAUGUUCCUCUGGUCACCGAGGAUGGAGGCAUGUUGCCACUGCUCGUCUUUGGUGUUUUUGUUACGGUCAUUCUCUCCUCCCUCGCUCUUCUUUCGAACAAAGUCUGGACUCGACGACUUCUUACGGCCCUCUUUACCGCGCCCAUCUUCGUCGUUCUUUCUAUCAAUCCAGCUCUUCUCCACCCUUCCACUAUUCAGAGUGUCGUUUUAUCCUGCUCUGACAUGGCGGAUUGGUUUUGGAUCGUGCUUAAUGCAGCUUAUGGCGCAUGUCUCAGUUCAUCGACAUCGCCAUUAUUGCUGCUAGCCAUCCUCAAUAUGGUCAUAUGUACUGUCUGUUGGGUUUCUUAUUCAUCUCGGAAGGUGUGGACUACGCUAUUAGCACUCGCGGCUAUAUUCGCUGUCUAUAUCUUCACUCUCAAUGAACACCUUCGCAUAGCGUUAAUAGCGUGUCGUGGUCCUUUCACAUCGCCUAGUAACGCUAUCGUCGGAGAGGUUGUUCAUCGCAUGGCGCACGUCGCAGACUGCCUCACAUUCUGGUCGGACCUGGCUUGCCCUGUUUCCGUCGUUACUCAGGACUUGAUUCUGCUCUGGUCAGACGCAACAGCUUACGUCGUCGCCAUCGCUAAAGCGCUUCCGUCAAUCGGCGUCGACAUACUCCAAGCCUAUUUCGCCAUUGGGGUAUCGCUCGUACAAUAUCUGCGUACCAUUCCGCUUUUAGCUCUAGUCGAAUUCUUCACCUUCAUUUAUGGGUUCUGGGCUUUUGGUAUGCUGGCGUGGUGUAUGAAGCCUCUUGCUCAGGAGAUCAUUCUGUCGAUUACUGCACGCAAUGCUACCUUCUCCAUGCUGUACACCUGUCCAUGGUCGACGUUGCCCACCUCGACUAUACAGGUCGUUGGACGGACCUCCCUCUUCAGUCUGGGGUGGACGCUGUUCUGCAAACGAGUCUCUGAAAUGACGACCUCUUGCCGCUUACACAUUGUUAGUGGUGGGGCGAGGUUCAUCUAUGUCUUUGAUUACGUUUGGCUCAAGCGGGAGCUCGAAGUUGGUAUCCAUCUUGUUGGCAUAGUCUGCCAUCCAGUGGAUAGUGGGUGUACAGAUCUGCCUGUCCUGGACAACACAUCCAACGACGAUCUUGAUCAAGACUGCGUUCCCUCGGAGGCGGUGGAUUAUUCUUGCGGCGUUCCGGGCCCAGACGCUGCUAAUCCGGACCCCAUCCCCUCCGGUGAAUGUCCGGGUCUGCCCAUUGACGAUCGCAAUCACGUGCCCUCCAGCGCUCCCUCCAUUAAUGGCGCCGGUCCUAACCCACGUAUUGUUGAUCCCAACUCUGGUGCUCCCAACCCGCGCCUUAUUUUUGACGAACCUAAUCGCCUCGCCCUUGCCCAGUCUGUUAUCCAAACCGGGCUCGCCAUCUGUUCGCAGAUGCGCCAACUAGGGGCUGUUCGUGGUUCUCCUCGAACGUAUGCGCCGUAUAUCCCUCUUCACCACCCCAGUCCUUCAUCGCGCUUGCUUCGUCCUUUCACUUCCCGCGUUACGCUUAACCUACCCACCUGGCAAGAGUUCCAGGCGGGAAGCUUUCGUGGGUUGUGUCUGGACCACGCUUUGUCGCAUGACACCUUGGGAAACGGUGAAGAGUUUGACGACCAUUCUGUCGGCAGUUCGUUUCAAAGAACCAUCAAAGUUGGCCCAGCUCGAUUCGCAUUUUCUAUCAAUGCUGUGCCGAGUGUCCCGAUACCGAUGUCCGCAUCGAAGGAGUUCGAAGGAGUUCGAGUCUAG